AGCCAUUUGUGCUCGAGCUGCUUCGGCUCAAGUCGCGCCUUGCCACGAUCCCGUGGCGGCAUGCGCGGGGCGCUUUCUUGACACUUCCUGACCAUGAGCGGCAUGGAGAUGCCGUUAGUCGAUGCCCCUGCCCAGCAGGGCAUGCAGGUGAGCAACUUCGAGGCAUGGUCAGCAGACGAUGUUGCCGAGUAUUUUUCACAGCGCGGGUAUCAGCAGUACAAGGCGUUGUUCGUGAAGCACGACCUCACUGGGCAGCGCGUGAUUCUGUUGACGCCGCCUGAUAUCGAGAAGAUGGGCAUUGAGAUCAUUGGUCACCGCCUUGGCAUACAAAAGGAGCUUCGUUCGCUGAAGAGUGCUGCGCGAGCUGUAGUACGCAAUAAAGUCAUUGCCCAAGAGGAGGAGGCAUUCGACGGCUCAUGCGUGAAGCGAUAUUUACAAACAUGUUGCGGCCUCUUCCCUCUCGAGAGAGACGUGUAUGUCCUUACCACGACCACCCUGAAGAUCAAGGACUACGAGGUGGCGAGGUGCUUCAGGACGAAGUGUCCGUGCAUGGGUGGAUCGUGGUCCAAUGACGCCGUGCCUUUGCAAAAGAUCCUCGGGGUGGAGACGCUGAUGUCCACGCAAGGAAUGGCAUGUUUUCUUGAGCACAAGUGUACCAUUUUGCUUGCGGUGAGCGCUGGGACUGGGGCCGAGACAGAGGAGUCCAGGGUCGAGCAGAAGGUGCUGUUCGUCGAGGGUGACCGCGGAGAGUCGUUCGCGAAUCGGAUCCGUAACCAGAUCGAGGAGUACAAGGUGUUUUCCCAUGGCGACGCUGACGUGGCAUGAGGCUGGCACCGUGGCGCGAGUGAGCCGCUUGUCUUGCUCGGUGUCCAGUUGCACCGCCUCGCGUUCCCGCCACUGCGCCGGGGGAAUCUUCGCAGCAACGGUGUGAUUUGGCACAUGAAUGGGGAGGGGUUGGGCAUGAGCAGUCUCGCUUCGGAUAGCUGUGUCCUCCUCCGCGCCCUCUCUCAGUGCCCAAACCUGCUCCUCGGCCGCCUGCCUCCUUCUGCCUCCGCCUCUUCGUCUCUACCUCCUCAUCCUACUCGCACCCGCACCAGCCGAUGCGUUUUCCAUGUAGCGUUGGCGAGCGCCCGCAUGGCGCUUCUCGCUGGUCGUAAUCCAGUGCUGUUGCGGCAGCCAAAAGGUUCUCCUCAUCCUCUCCCCUGAGUGGCUGGAGACCUGCUACGAGAACGACAUUGUCUACUCCACCGCGGAGUUCCCGCUCGGA